AUGGUCCUUACUAGCCCCCCGCCGCCUGCCCUGUCGGCCGAGCUGCUCCAUCCCUUCUACACGACCGACGAGCUGCUCUCCAACGCCCCCAUCCUGGUCUUCUACGGCGCCACCUCCACCGCGACCAUAAACUCGACAUCGUCGCGCAUCCAGGUCCACAUUUACUCGCCCGCCGGCCUGCAGUCAUAUCCCCGUUUGACCAUAUCCCCGAGCUCACCGCUUUAUGCCGCCGUCGAUUGUCUUGCGCGCGAAGAUCAGGGCGACGAGGUCACGCGCGCCCUCGCCUUCAGCCUCUACAAGUACUUCCUCGAGCUGCCGCCCGUCGCAAAGCAAACAUGGGAGCUCCAGUCCAACACCCUGGGCAAGCUGCCCUCGGCCCCGCCGCUCUUCGGCGAGGCGCACGCCGCCAUCCUCGCGAGCCGCAUGGUCAAGGUCGACAACGUCGCCGAGGUCAUUCAAGACGUCCGCCAGUCGCUCGCCGAGCAGGGCCUCUCGUGGCUGGACGUGGACGUGGUGCUUCCGCCUGGAUCGAUACAGGAGACUGAGGCUCAGCGGGAGGGACGUCUGCCAGAAGAAAUCGCCGAGGAAGAAGAGGCCGAAGCACAGUAUGGCGAAUACGCGCCUUUGGUGAGGGUCUUUGGAGACCCGGCAUUCCUGCCCACAUCAAGGCUUCGGCGCGCGCCGUCGAAACCUACGGGUCUCAGCCGCUCGAAUAUGUGGACUAGGGAGCAAAAAGAGAACUUGAGGCGCGAGAUGUGCGAGUUUGUCGACACCGAGGGAAGUUACGUGAGCAAGGUUGGCGACUUGCUGCAUAAUGUUGCCGAGGACUUUCGUCAAAGGGCGCGCACAAAAAGUCCAUCCAGCGACAGUCCGAGCGAGGAAGCACUGGAGGGUCUUUUUCCGCCUAGUUUGGACGAAAUCCUAGCAACAAACGCCGCUUUCCUCGAAGACAUUCGUAGAGUCCUGGAAGGGACAGAGAAUGACGCGAUCCUGGAUAUGGAGGCAACCACUGGCGAGCCUUAUGCAAGGCCUAGGGACGACCACCCAGCGGAUGCGACUGGCGUCUUGGCAUUCGCAAAGUGUUUGGUCGAGUGGUUCCCAAGGUUUUCCGACUGCUACAGCGACUACAUUGCCGCCCAUGCCGAAUUUGGCCUCUACUUAAAGAUGUUUCUGAAAGAAACCGGAUCUAGCUUCUCCAAACGUGUGCAGGAAACCGGCGAACAGAGACUGAUGUCGAUGCUAAUUGAGCCCGUGCAACGUCUGCCCCGAUACAAUCUUUACAUUGACAAUCUCGUCAAGCAAUUGCCCGUACGCCAUCCAGGUCUCCGAGCUCUGCUAAAGGCUCGAGAUACCAUAUCAGAAAUUUGCUCCCGAGAUUCCCCGUCAAAUCAGCAAUCCAAAGUCAUUGAGCGGCUGCAAGACCUCAUCCCAUCAUGGCCGCGCGAUUUCUAUCCGGAAGGUCGCCUCAUCACUGCUGUGGACGUGGUCGAGUUGGCGCCACCUUAUCGGAAGGAUCCACGUGCCCGUGGAGCCAGCCCGGGCAUCUUGGUUCUCUUUGCCGAUCAGCUCGUGCUUUUGGUCAAAUCUGGUCACAAGACAAUGUCAGCUCGAGGUCUCCUCGCAGAAAUUGACAAUCCUAAUGUCCCAACUGGAGACGACCGUCCGCUAAUCGCCACGCAACUAAUUUUCCUUCAGCAUAUGAAGCUGAGUAAUGUCUGGUUCAGCGAAGUAGACGAUGGCGCUAUGCUGCAGAUGUACCAUUCUGAUGGGUCUAGUCAACCACCGAAGACGCUGCAUUCGCUUAAUGCUUCUUCGUUGUGCAUGUUCUAUCUGACGGGUUCAUACGAGGGCAAGGCGGCAAGAUGGCUGGAAGAGACGGCCAAGGCACGGGUGGAGAGCCGAUUCUCUGAAGCGGAGCGGGAGAGCAACAAGUGGGAAGUGCGAUGCUUACCAGGAGAGUUGAGCCUCUUCUCGGCUAUAUUCGAGGAAACUGAGGACCAGACGGUUGUAGGCCGGGGUGAACCUGCGCGCGUGCGGGUGGUAAUGGAGCCAGAAAAGGGUGCAAAGAUGCUCAAACCUGGUCAGGAAGGCAUCGAGUUGGUGGCUUCCAUCACUUCUACCGGCGACGGUCUGUUCUUGCUUGAGACUCUAGGCGAAAAUGAGUUCAGUGCUCGCGAUCGCGUGACGGCAACGGAGCUGCUUCCCGUCUUCACCAAGAGAGUGAGCAACUUUCUGCAAAUGCGCAGUCAGAUCCGCAAUCCCGCUUUGACCUCCAUAUUCCUCUUGCGCAACCAGCAGAUUCUUCAGUCGUUGAAGAUACGCACUGACAACGUCGAGGAGCACGUCGCUCUCGAACGCGCCGAUUCCGGACGUUCCACUUCGCCAGUCAAGAUGCUGUCUAAUCUCUUCGACCGCCACCGAGAACACGGAUCACAACGCAAGCUACAUCAUCGUCCAUCACCAAGCCUAGGAGACAUACCACGUUUCGCUCCACCCGGCCCAAGCAGCCCGUUCAAGACAUCCAGCCGGCCGACAUCCAGAGAUGAUGCAUCAUCGAUCAAGUCGAACGGGGCAAAUAGUCCAGUUGAUCCAAUCAUCAAGCUUGAGGAGAGUUUGGCGACCUUUGUCCUCUCUCUCCAUGCACGGAAGGGCAAUGUGGUGGGCAAAGUGGUUCGCAAUAGGGCUAACGCUGACGAGCUUUCGGUUAACGAGCUUUACAACUCGCUUUUGGAGGAUCCUACGAACGUCGAGCUCGCCGCGCACUCGCCAGUCGACGUUCUGUUCUCAGCAUUUGAAAAGUUCCUGCAGGUGGCUUGGAGGGAGAAGAUGGGUCCUGUGGCACCGGUGGACUUUCUCAUCUCGAUACAGUCGCAACCCGAUAAUGCUUAUCCUGGAGAUUUCGAAGAGCACUUUAUAAAGGUGUUUGGAGAGCUUUCACCACAGAAUCAGCGUGCUUUCCGAGCGGUUAUCAAGCUUCUUGCUGACCUCCUCGAAGGGACCGGCAACGAUGGAGACCGCGGUAUGAUCACCGCAGCAUUUGCAGAAGUGCUGGUUCCUGGUGACAAAGCCCACGAGUUUAUCUCCUUGCUAGAUCGCUUCAUGGAGGACGUCGACGCGCUUUUCGGCAGGCCGUCGUCCAGCGGGAGCGCUACGCCAAGCCAGAGUUCUUUCAACUCUCGCUACGGCAAGGGCUCCGUCAGCUCAAAUCAAUCGUCACUCAAGAAGCGGUUCGGCUUAGGCGGUUUACACAGGGAAAACAGCAACAAGUCCGAGUACGAGUCCAAGUUUGGCUCUGUCUGGCGGACACUGAGCAAAGGCGCUGCUCGCAAUGCCGACGGUCAGAGUGCGAGCUUGUCGAAGGCGACGCCGUUGCUGAGGGCUCACUCGACGGAUAAUGACGCCCGUGUGUCGCCCAAGCGCCCGCCGUCCCGCGAUAGGCCAACGGUCCUCGGCGCUUUUUCGUUCGACGAAACUUCUCCCUCACGUGGCCUGGCCACUAUCGGAGAAGCGCGCGAAACGCCCAGGAGGAAACGUCGCAGUUCGCUGUCCGAUCUGCGCGAACUCAAUAAAAACCCUGAGCCUGCUGACCCUGCUUUCUCUCCCAAGACGCCUCUUCGUAUCGAUCCGCCGAAGGAUACUAGCACCUCAUCGUCACGCACGCCCUCACCGCCUAAGCCUUCCGGUAUCCCUAACCCCAACCGCUUGUCUACCCCCGCUCGCCUGUCCGCUCCGACCAGAAAAGAAAACUCCUCUCCUAUUACUGCCAACAGCGCUCUGCCACGGCCGCGCUCUCUUCACGUCCCCUCAUAUACCUCUCCUCCCCCGCUUCCGCCUCCCAAGACCGACCAAGUCACGGUCACGACGACGAGAACCCGCAAGGUUCGCAGCAAGACCUUUUCAGAAGACACAGUCGCUCCGCUCUCACACAGCCGCGGCGGAUCGACUACCUCGAUCCCAACGCCAACGCCAACGCUACACCGCGCCAAAGGCAGCGUCAGCAGCAUCAGCAGCAGCAUCAACGGCGCAAGCGGCAUCCCUGCGCUUUCCGAACGCCCCAGCUCCGGCAACCACCGGCCCCGCAUCUCUGGUGGCGUCGAGAAGCCGGCACCGCUAAACAUCAAGCCCGCAUCGGCAGCGCUAAGCUUGGACUCGCCAUUUAGCCCGACUACGACGCGCAAGCUCAAAAUGCAGAGCCCGGCGAAGCUGCGCGAGCGGCUGCAGAAGGAGCAGAGCGCGAUUCAGGGCGCGGACGCGUCGCUGCAGGCCGAACUGUCGAAGAUUGGGGACGAGAUUGCAGGGAUCUCGGCGCGCGGCAGCGGCGCGUCUAGUGGGCGGCCGGCGCCGCUGAACCGGCUGCACACGGAGCCAGCGACACCGGGGCGGCACCGCAGCCCGCUGACGCCGCCGAAGAAGGACUCGCCAGCGUCGUCUGGGACGUCGAUUGCGACGGCGAGCACGGCGACGACUACGACGACGACGGCCGCGGCCAUGGCGACGGACACGGCGGCGCUGGGGGCGCGCAUCGCGUCGCUCGAGACGAAGCUGAAGUCGGUGCUGGGGCAGCUGCAGGAGCGGCACGCGGGCAUGGCGGCCGACGUGGCGAGCUCGCUGCAGGUGUCUGAGCAGCGGGCGCGCAAGCUCGACGAGCUGUACCGCGAGGCGAACGCGGAGAACGAGGCGCUGUACGCGCGGUUCAAUGACGAACUGGCGCGGGUGCUGCGGAGCGUGAGGGCGGGCGAGGGGGUCGAGGAAAUGAGAAAGAAGAUGAGGGAGGCGGUGGAGGAGGGGGAACGGUUAAGGAAGGAGAAUUGGCGGCUUAAGAGGGAGAGCGCGGGAUUGAGGGCGCAGUUGAGGGAGUAG